GCCUGCUUCUUCUUGAGUGCUAAACUGGCUGCUGAAAGGCUACGAGUCUGAACGUAUGUGGGCGCAUCAGGCUUGAAUACAUGGUUAGGGACGUCAGAAGCUAUCAGCCCCGGCUCAUUGCUCAUCGCCUUGGCAGGAACAACCAUCGCCAUAGCCUCUUCUUCCUGUGGAUCUUCGGUCAACUUGGCUGUUUUUUCAGUCAAUUGACCGACGUUCUCUAUGGCCUCUUCCUCCUCAAUGCGCUCUUCAAGCUUAAUUUCUUUUUCCUCCUCUUCUUCCACAUCCUCAAGUUUUUCCUCUGCUUUUUCUUCGAUCUCCUCACUCUCCUGAUCCUCUUUCUUUUCCUCCUCUUCCUCCUCUUUCGUCUCUUCCUUCUCUUCCUUUUCUUCCUUCCCUCCCUUUCUCUUUUUCUUCUUGCUCCUCUGUAUGCUUGAAACCGCCCUUGGCUCCCACUUUUCCUUCUUGGUCCUUUUCCUUUGACCCCUCUGGGGCAACGACCGGUUUUUCAUCCAAAGAGACAGAAUUAUCGAUAUCAGAGAUCAGGAAUUGGUUGUCAAAGCCGAGGCUGCCAUCCGUGCUAGGACUCAA